ACAAGCUAAGAGCACUUAAUUUCAGCUAUUUUGAUAGAUAUUUGAUCAUUAAGGGUAGUAUGGGCAAUGUAACACCAAGAAUAAAUGUUGCAAUAGACAAAUCACAAACAUCAGUCAAAGCGAAUUAGAUAAAUAUUACCAAAAAAAAAAAAAAAAACAUUUCACUUAUUUAAAUACGGAUGAAAUAUAAAGAGUAAAUUUGCAAGUAAAGCGACUCGGCCACUGGGGUGCAUCCAAAUCAGUAGUGGGCCAGGUGAAAAAAACCGAGUAUCAGUGAAUCAACCUCUGCCUUGUUUACUCUUCCCUUUUCUUUCCUUUUUCCUUUACAUUGGUGCGAUCCUCUGUCUCUGACUAUACCUUUGACAUUUCUCAUCCAAUUUAUUAAUUACUCCAAAUCACUAAUUAAUUAAUAAAUAUUCCUUUAAACUUAAUUAAAAUAAAUUAAGUCACAAACAAAAUAAUGAGACAUUUGAAACAGGGCGGUGAUGCCCCCACAUGAGUCGGUCCAACACUAUUACACCAAUCUUCUCCUUACUCUAUAUAUACCCCAAAUAUUAACUACUCAAUCCUUUACAAUUAAGAUUCCUCUCUUCACUUCUCCAUACAUUUUUUUCUUCCUUUAUUCUCGCCUUCAUUUCUUAUUAUUAUCGUUACUUCUACAUUAUACACUUCUAUAUAAAACUCUCAUUUCAUUUUAUUCUAUUCUUGUUCUUGAAUUGAAUUUUGAUACUACUACUACGUACGAUAUUAAUUCAUUAGUUUUGUGUAAUAUACAUGAUGGAUUCAAUCAAGUUGUACACAAUAGUGGUUUUAUUCGUGUUGAGUGGUGAGUAUGUGUCGGGUACCACGUUUACUUUUGUAAACAAAUGUGACUAUACUGUUUGGCCAGGGAUACUAGCAGGAGCUAGUAGCCCUAAGUUAGAUAGUACGGGGUUCGAGCUCCAAAACGGUGGGACUCGAACCUUUCAGGCUCCAUCGGGUUGGUCGGGUCGGUUUUGGGGCCGGACUAACUGUAACUUCGAUGGCGCAGGUCAAGGCACCUGCGCCACAGGAGAUUGCGGGUCCGGAACCAUGGAGUGUAACGGUAGCGGGGCUACCCCGCCCGCCACCCUAGCGGAAUUCACCCUAAACGGGAGCGGCGGGCAAGACUUUUACGACGUGAGCCUAGUCGACGGCUACAACCUCCCUAUGAUCGUGGAAUCGAACGGAGGAUCAGGCGGGUGUCAAACAACGGGGUGUUUGGUUGACCUAAACAAGCGGUGCCCGAGCGAGCUUAUGGCGGAAGGUGGCGGCGCGUGUAAGAGCGCGUGUGAGGCGUUCGGAACACCGGAAUAUUGUUGUAGCGGGGAAUUUGGAACGCCUGACAAGUGUAAACCAUCAAUGUAUUCAGAGGCAUUUAAAAGCGCGUGUCCAAGAGCAUACAGUUACGCAUACGAUGAUGCAACUAGCACGUUUACUUGCAGUGGUGGGGAUUAUACCAUCACCUUCUGUCCCUCUUCUCCAAGUCAAAAAUCGUCAAUGGGUACUCCAACAAGUAACAUGGGAGCAACACCCGGGACCGAGGCUGGACCUGUGGCCGGGGCCGUUACUGGUUCUGGCACGGACACGGGUAUGGGUACAAAUACGGGUACAGGGUCAUUGAUGGCGGAUGGGUCAUGGUUCGCGGGCUUGGCCUCUGGAGACUCUACAAAUACAAGACAUCCUAACUUUGGGUUACAAUUAGCAUUGCUAUUCAUUGUCAUCACAUCUUUGGCCACUUCACUAUUUAACUUGUAGUUUCUCUCAAUUAAGAAAGAGAGAAAGGUUGAGGAGAUCAUCUAAUAGUUAGUUCAUUCAAAGGCAUUCGACAUGGAAAUAUUAUUUUUUUAAUAUCUGAGAGAAUGACAAUACGCUAACUUAGUUAGUAAAGUCUUUGAAAAAUAUAUGGGAUUCGAUUUUAUUUGGCCCUUUUUGAUUCAUUGAGAAAUGAAAAGAUGAUGGCAUACUCGACACAAGAUAGAUUUUCCGUGACACACUACUACAAAAAUGGGCAAAUUAAAGAGAACGAUUGAAGCUACGGCGAUUUUAGCUAAUAGAUGGAUAUGGCAUUCCAUUUAAAUUUUAUUCUUACGAUGGUUGUAAAAUAUUUAGGCUAUCAUUGUAUAUUGUAAUUUUAUUUUUUUUAAUCAUUUGAGAAAUUUUUAGUAGAUCCCAUUUUACAGCCUAUUGAUUCGUCCAAGAUGAGAUGCUUUAGGAGGAAGAAAAGUGAGGAUGUUAAAGAAAAGAUAGAUCCAUUUUGAGAUAUGUACGAUUGCUCCCCUUUGUUUGUUUUAACUUAUGAAAAGUAUAGUUCAACAAUAAUAUAAAGGAAAUUGUUUUUUUUUU